GCACAUUUAUAAAAAAAAAAUCAUUUACUUUUUUCUUUUUCUUUUCUACAUCGGAAUAAGAAUGGGAGUGCGUAGAUAUUCAUUUUUUUUAUUUCAAAUAGGAAUUGUUACCUAUAUUUUGGGUGCAGCGUUUUACCUAAUAGGACGCAGCUCAUAUAAACCAGUUUCCCUGUCAACAACUGGUUCAAUGUUUCCACAUAAAAUGGAGGACGCAAUUUUAAACAAUGACCACGGCGACAACAGGCAACCGGAUUCCUAUGUCAUUAAUCCAUCUCAAUAUGCCUUCAAAAUGAAAGUAGACUUGCCUCCCGCAACAAACAGCACGGAAAGACAGGCUGCUGCAUUUAUCGUACUUGUACGUAACAGUGAACUGUUUGGUAUGCUACAAUCAAUGAAUGAUGUUGAGCAAAGAUUCAACAAGAAAUUCAAUUAUCCUUGGGUAUUUUUGAAUGAGGAGCCAUUUUCACAGGAAUUUAUCGACGCGACAACAAAAGCAGCCUCGAGUCAGACUCAUUAUGGGUUGGUAGAUGGAUCCAUGUGGGGAUAUCCAGAUUGGGUUGAUCAAUCUUAUGCGUCAGAAAGACGUGAGAUCAUGAAAGAUCUACCGUACGGAUCAAGUGAAAGCUAUCGACACAUGUGCAGAUUUCAAAGCGGAUUCUUUUGGAGACAUCCACUUGUGUUGAGUCUUAAUUUGGAGUAUUAUUGGAGAGUUGAGCCCGAUGUAAGAUACUACUGUGAUCUAGACUAUGACCCAUUUUUGUAUAUGAAACAGAAUAACAAAAAAUACGCUUUCAACAUAUCAUUUAAGGAGCACUCCGGUACGAUUCCUUCAUUGUGGGAUUCAAUAAAACUAUUCGCAAAGCUCUCGACCAAAAAUGGAAAGAUUCACUUCAAGAAUGCAUACAGAGAUAGCAUCUUUAACUUUUUGUCGGAUAAUGAGGGUGAAUAUUAUAAUGGGUGUCAUUUUUGGACAAACUUCGAGAUUGCUAGGUUGGAUUUAUGGCACACAGAGGCGUAUAAAGAAUUAUUCGCUGCACUUGAUAGCACAGGUGGAUUCUUUUAUGAAAGAUGGGGGGAUGCUCCUAUUCAUUCGAUUUUCGCUGCCUUGUAUCUCAAAAAAGAUGAGAUUCAUUUUUUUAAUGACAUUGGAUACAAACAUAGCACGUAUGAACAUUGCCCUGCCGAAGAACCGUUGACUCGACGCUGCUCGUGUAAUCCUGGAAAUAGCCUUGAUUUCACAGAUGAAAUGAGUUGUCUUGUAGAAUAUAUGUAUGCAAGAGAAUUUUACCCCAAAAAUGACAAACGAACGGUGAACGACAUACUUAUCAAGUAAACUGUUAAAAUACAUGUCCGAGCAUAUAGCUCAGAGAGCGGUCAUCAUUAUUCAUUAAGCUAUAAUUAUCAUAAUAAACAAUUUAUAAUUACACCAAUGUAUAAUGUACCGUAAUUAAAUACUUUAAUAAUCAUACCGAACGUGUUAACACUAACGGUAUCAAGGAUUGAC